CGGCUACUGACGCAACGUGGAAACAAAUCGCGUGCCUUUCGAGUUGUUUCGUGUGUUUCUGCCGCGUGUCCUAGAAUACGUGGACAAAAUAUAUAUUCUGUGCAAAAAGACGAGAUAAAAAGUGUCAAAGGUUGUUCAGCAAAUUAUUUUAAACGAUACAACGGUUCAAAAUCAAGGAAUAUUUGUCACAAAAGAGUGUUUUUCUUGCAGAAAAAAAUGACGAAAAUGAAUGUGAAGGACAAACUACAGGACGACACUUUAGAUCUCAGUUUAUGUGAUUUAGAGGAAGUGCCAGUUCGAGAAAUUGCCGUGCUAAAAAGAGCAAGGAAUUUGGAUUUAUCAAACAAUGCCUUGGUUUCAUUACCCAAAACGUUCGUGACCCUUACACAAAUUAUAAAAUUGGACCUCAGUAAAAACAUGUUGACAGAGAUUCCAGAAAACUUUGGAGAAAUGGUGCACUUGAGACACCUGGACCUAUACAGCAAUAAAAUAAGCAGAUUGCCCCUGAGUCUCGGUAAUUUGAAGAACCUAAAAUGGCUCGAUUUGAAAGAAAAUCCUUUGGCUCCUGCAGUCGCCAGUGUCGCAGGCCCUUGCAGCAAUGCAAGUGAAUGUCAGGCUUGUGCUAAAAAAGUAGUUACCUACUUGGCAAACGUGCAACUUACAGUCGAAGAGGAAAAACAACGCAGAAUAACUGCUGAAACAGAAAAGGCUGUCGCUACUAAAAAGGAGGGAAAAAAGAAAAAGAAGACUGCAGAAAAGGCGAAGACAAAAGGAAAUACAGAAACGGACGUAGUCUCCGAACAAAAGGAAGAAACCGAACAAAAUGACACGAUCGUUUCAAAACCAAGUGAAUCAACUGAAAAUCAAAAGUCAGACAAAAAAAAAGAUGGCAUGAGCAGUCUUCUCUGCAAAGCAAUUGUAUUUCUCCUCAUCUGGGCAGUUUUCUUCAGUCUAAUGAUAAUUUUGGCCGUUGCGAUUUUCCCGAUUUAUGACGAACGGCGUUCCGAUGCAGCUUUUAGGUAUUUGGAAACCGAGGUCGGUUUGCCCGUCAGGCACUAUCGACAAGUAGGGAAAAAUAUGUUCGAGAAAUUCGUCACUGACACGAUCGUUUGGACCAAUUACACACGGACACUCGUGGAAGGUUAUUAUAAUCAGUAUUUCAUGCAGGACGCCGCUCAGACAAAAAAUGUCACUUGAGGGAACGAAAUUUGGAAUUUUUUCAAUCACAUUCUAUGCUACAAAUAUAUUUUACAAAUACGACUAUAUUGAAGUUUUACAUGUUUCUGCUAUUACGCAGAAAAGUAAUUAAGAGAUUUUCUUUCUUAUGAAAGAGUGUACUUUGCCACUGAGUGGUAAUAAUUAAGGAUUUUACCGACGUUGCAUUUUUACAUGAAACGGAGAAGGGAAUUGAAAAAGAAAAGUUGGGUAGCGAUAUUCGAUGAUAUUUUAACCUUAAGAACGACUAAUAUAUGUGCAACUAAUGAAGGAAAAUAAUAAAACGCUAAACGAAAAU